AUGGCAGGCGCACAGCAGGUCGGCCGCACCUCGCCCAUGCCCCCCGUCCCCCACGUUGCUCAGUCCAACAUUGGCCAGCCCGGCCAGGUCGGUCACCCCCAGAUGGCACAGUACGGCCAGUUUGCCCAGCAGCAGCAGCAACAACAACAUCAGCAACAUCAGCAGAUGUACAUGGGCCCCGGCGAGAACGGCCACGCACCCGCAGCCGACAAGGGCCCCGACUACGUCUACUUUGAGCGCCGGCCCAACCAGUUUAGCGAGACCACUCGCGGCAAGGCCACGGCGGCCAAGAUGAAGCUCGAGCUCUACUACAAGGAGGCGGUUGAAGGUGUGGUCGGUCGCAAGGAGCGCCGCACGACCCUCGAGAAGCAGCUCCACACCGACCCGACGUUGCCGGACAGUCACAAGGCGCGCCAGCUGCUGGCACUCGGCCGCCGCGAGUCAAACUUCCUGCGCCUGCGUCGCACGCGUAUCGGUCUCGAAGACUUCCGCACAGUCAAGGUUAUCGGCAAGGGCGCGUUCGGCGAGGUUCGCCUUGUGCAAAAGGCGGACACUGGCAAGAUUUACGCCAUGAAGAGCUUGAGGAAGAAUGAAAUGUUCAAAAAGGACCAGCUGGCGCACGUCCGUGCCGAGCGUGAUGUGCUGGCAGAGUCCAAUUCGGCAUGGGUCGUCCAGCUCUACUAUUCGUUCCAGGACAACAACUACCUCUACCUUGUGAUGGAGUUCCUCCCCGGCGGCGACCUCAUGACCAUGCUCAUCAAAUACGACACAUUUUCAGAGGACGUGACCAAGUUCUACAUGGCAGAGUGUAUCUUGGCCAUUGAGGCCGUCCACAACCUCGGCUUUAUCCACCGCGACAUCAAGCCCGACAACAUUCUCAUCGACCAGAUGGGCCACGUCAAGCUCUCGGACUUUGGCCUGUCCACCGGCUUCCACAAGCAGCACGACUCGGCAUACUACCAGAAGCUGCUGGGCGGCGGCGACGUCUCCAACCACCGCCAUUCCGCAGCCGGCAACCAGUCGCGCAACUCGGUCAUGGUCAACGCGAUCAACCUCACCAUGACCUCCAAACAGGACAUUGCCACCUGGAAGGCCAACCGCAGGAAGCUCGCAUACUCGACCGUCGGAACCCCAGACUACAUUUCGCCAGAAAUCUUCCUCCAGCAGGGCUACGGCAAGGAGUGCGACUGGUGGUCCCUCGGUGCUAUCAUGUUCGAGUGUCUUGUCGGCUACCCUCCCUUCUGCUCGGAGAACGCACACGACGUGUACCGCAAGAUCAUCGACUGGAGGAACCACCUGUAUUUCCCCGACGACGUGCACCUGUCGCGCGAGGCCGAGGACCUCGUGCGGCGGAUGCUGUGCGAGGCCGACCGCCGUCUCACCGUCGAGCAGCUCAAGGUGCACCCCUUCUUCUACGGCGUCGACUGGGCCACCAUCCGCAACAUUGACGCACCGUUCGUGCCCCACCUCCGCUCCAUCACCGACACGUCCUACUUCCCCACCGACGAGCUCGAGCAGGUCCCCGAGGUGCCCCAGGACGCCAACACGGGUCCCAACGCCACAAAGGACCUCGCGUUCUUGGGCUACACGUUCCGCCGGUACGAGAUGCUCUAA